CUCCCCGCUCCGCUCCAGGAAGAGACGCGGCGGUUCGGAAAAGCUCCCACAAACAGACGCAUCGAGGCGGACACAGAGAGCCGGAGGACGGCCGCAGCAGGCGAUGAGCUCCGCGGUGACGGCCGGAGGACAGCCGCGGCUCCGGGCCUCGGGUUCGGGCCGGACGCCGCAGCUGUGAGCUGCUCUCCGGGCUCAUUGUGUGCGGAGUGGCGCAGGAGAAAAGGAUGCCUCCGCGGCCGCGCACACUGCUCCCGUUCCCGAACAAAACCCGGAUUACUGCCCGACACCGACUGGCUCUCGUGUCCCCGCUGACGGAGCGUGAGAUUUCUGCGGGGCUGCGGGCUGCCUGCGUCCCGCUGCCGAUCCAUGAGGACUCUCCAUGAAAACAGGGAGGAGGAGGAGGAGUCCGGCCGCGGCGCCAUGGAGGACAAGGAGAGCAAUCUGAGGACGGCGCGGCUGUGGAGGGAUGCCGCCCUGCGCUCCAGGAAGCUGCGCAGCAACCUGCGCCAGCUCACCCUCUGCUCCAAAGACAACCAGAUCGUGCUGCCGGAGGACAUCGCCGAGGUGGAGGUGCUGAAUCUGGGCAACAACUCGCUGCAGGAGCUUCCGGACGGGCUGGGCUCCACCCUCAACAACCUGCGCGUCCUGGUGCUCCGCAGGAACAAGUUCAGCGCCGUGCCCCGGGUGGUGCUGGAGCUGGGGCAGCUGGUGGAGCUGGACAUGAGCCACAACAGCCUGUGGAGCCUGUCGGAGGCGGUGGGUCAGCUGAGGGCGCUGAAGAAGCUGUGCCUCAGCCACAACAAGCUCCAGAACCUGCCGGCCCAGAUGGGAGCGCUGCAGUCUCUGGAGGAGCUGGACAUCAGCUUCAACGACCUGCGCGACCUGCCGCGGACCUUCUCCGGACUCUGCAGGCUGCGGACGCUGGACGCCGACCACAACAAGCUGAACCAGUUCCCCACCGAGAUCCUGGCCCUCGGCGAGCUGGAGGAGCUCGACUGUUCUGGGAACAAGUUCGAGGUUCUGCCGGCGGACAUCAUGAAGCUGCGCUCCAUCAAGAUCCUGUGGCUCAGCAGCCUUCACAUGUCCUCGCUGCCGGACUCCUUCUGCCACCUGCACAACCUGGAGAGCCUGAUGCUGGACGGGAACAGCCUCACCGCGCUGCCCGCCGCCUUCGGUCGCCUGCACAGGCUCAAGAUGAUCAAUCUGUCCUCCAACGAGCUGCAGAACUUUCCUCAGGUCCUCCUGAACAUCUCGGGGUUGGAGGAACUCUACCUGAGCAGGAAUAAACUGACACACAUUCCUGAGGAGAUCGGCCAGCUGGUGGCGCUGGUGAACCUCUGGCUGGACAAUAACAGCAUCACGUACCUGCCCGAUUCCAUCGUGGAGCUGGAGAAGCUGGAGGAGCUUGUUUUACAGGGUAACCAAAUAGCCAUUCUUCCAGAUAAUUUUGGGAAGCUGUCCAAAGUGAACAUCUGGAAGGUGAAGGACAACCCUCUGAUCCAGCCGCCCUACGAGGUGUGCAUGAAGGGGAUUCCUUACAUCGCCGUCUACCAGAAGGAGCUCGCCCACUCGCAGCUCGCCGUCAAGCCGCGGCUCAAACUGGUUCUGAUGGGGACCAAGAACGCCGGGAAAACCCGUCUGCGGCGGAGCGUGGUGAGCACGCAGCAGGACGCCAAAGGAACGCAGGGAAACAAAGGCAUCGAAGUCACCAACUGGGUGGCGGACGCCGACCGCCACCUCACCUUUCUAGUGUACGACUUGUCAGGGAAGCAAAACUACGACCUCAUCAAACCCUUCUUUCUCUCCCCCGGUGCUCUCUACAUCCUCGUCGUCAACCUCAAAACCUAUUCUCCCAAGAACUUUUACGCCCACGUCGGGUAUUUCCUCCACCUGCUCUGCGCCAAAGUGCCCCACGCCGUGGUGUGUCUGGUGGGAACACACGCCGACCUGUGUGGGGAGGUGGAGCUGGAGGAGAAGGGCCUGGACAUCCACCGGCAGAUCGGGCUGCAGGAGCAGAGGGACGUGCAGAACCUGAGGAGCCUGGCUCAGCAGGUGGACCGGGCUCUGGACCUGGGCUACAGCGUCCGCACCUCCAGCCCUCACGUCCUCUUCUACGGCGUCUCGGACCGCAGCCUGAGGCGCAGGAAAGCCCAGCUGCAGUACAUGCUGAACCACCGGCUGCAGAUCCUGUCUCCCGUCCUGAGCGUCAGCUGCACCGAGACCCAGAGGAACGUCCAGAGGCUGCGGGAGAAGCUCAUGUCGGUCGCCGACCACCGCGAGAUCUUCCCCAACCUCCACCGCGUGCUGCCCAAGUCCUGGCAGAUGCUGGAGGAGCUGCACUUCAAGCCCAAAGACCUGUGGUUGUCGUGGUGGGACUCGGCCCGUCUGGGCCUGCAGGCGGGGCUCACCGAGGACCGGCUGCAGAGCGCCUUGUCCUACCUGCACGAGAGCGGGAAGCUGCUGUACUUCGAGGACAGCCUCACGCUGAAGGAGUACGUGUUUCACAACCUUCCGCGGUUCAUCGCCAUCCUCAACGUGUUCUUCCAGCGGGACGAGUCCACGCUGCUGGACCGGCUGCUGUCCGAGGGGGAGCGGGGGGACAAGGGCCGGGUGAGUCUGGUGAUCGAGGACGAGAAGGGGGAGAACCUCAGGGUGACGCACCUGCAGCACCACGUGGAGGGCUUCCUGCAGCACGGCCUGCUGCCCUCCAACGUCAUCCGGCUGCUGCUGCGGCCGCUCAUCCAGACGCAGCAGGACCUGCACCUCAUCAUGGAGCUGCUGGAGAAGAUGGGCAUCUGUUACUGCAUCAACAAGCCCCGCAGCAAACCUCUGAACGGCGCCACCGUGUGGUACAAGUUCCCCAGCUACGUCAGCAGCGAGGAGCCCCGGGCCGAGGCGGCGUCCGGCGCCGGCUCCCUGCCUCACUUCUUCUCCGUGGAGCAGCUGCACAUCCAGUACAGCUUCCCCUUCCUGUUUCCUCCCGGACUGUUCUCGCGCUUCAGCGUGCAGAUCAACAGCCACGUGGUGCAGCGCUCGGACGGCCGGUACCAGAUCUUCGCCUACCGGGGCAAAGUCCCGGUGGUGAUCAGCCACCGGCCGUCCAAGGGGAGGCUGCAGGCGGAGACUCUGUCCAUCGCCAGCCACGCCUCGCUGCCCAACAUCUGGACGGCGUGGCAGGCCGUGACGCCGCUGGUGGAGGAGCUGAACAUGCUGCUGCAGGAGUGGCCCGGCCUGCACUACUCCGUUCACAUCCUCUGUUCCAAGUGCCUCAAGAGAGGGUCCACCAACCCGCACGCCUUCCCAGGUGAGCUGCUGAGUCAGCCGCGACCCGAAGGUCUGACCGAGAUCAUCUGUCCAAAGAACGGCUCUGAGCGGGUCAACGUGGCGCUGGUCUACCCCCCCACCCCCACCGUGCUCAGCCCCUGCCUCAAGUGACCCGACCCGCCUCACGGAUCCCCAGAACCUCUGACCCGCCACGGGGCGCCGGACGCUGCUUCUCCUGUUGUCGGUCUGACUUUCUUCACCCUGAACUGUCAUUUAAGGAGCACAAACUUCCUCAGACCUUUACUUCCUGUUCUGCACCUGCUCAGACUCUCUGCAGCCUCACAUGUAGCCACACGACUCCAGAAAACAGGAAGUGAUGCAAGCGGACUCACCUGGACUCACCUGGACUCACCUGAAGCUGUGGGCGGAGGGAGCCUCCUGAUUGGACUGUGCAGGAUGACAGCGUGUUUGAGGAGAAGACGAGGCGACGUGUUCAUCAGUGUGGUCACAUGUUAGCAUCCAGACACACAACAUCAGCUUUGUUAUCAGCAGCUUCACACAGACUCACAACCUGCAUCACCGACUUCACACCUCACAGGUUGUACAAUGGUUGCUCUAAAUCUGAAACUGAAGCAAUCACUUUUACUGUUUCAUUAUAGAGAGACACAAAAGAGACACAAAACAACCACAAAGAGACACAAUGUGAACAUUAAAGUGUUGCUCUGGAUUCUGUGACCAACUGAUGCACAUGUUGUUCACUGUGAGACGAACUGAUGUCCAGGUGUGUGUCCAGGUGUGUGUCCAGGUGUGUGUCCAGGUGUGUGUCCAGGUGUGUGAAGCAGAUCUCAGCAGGGAGGUUGUGUUUGUGUAAAUAAUAUCUUUAUUUUUGUAUGUUGAACUGGUUCAGUCAGUGAGCUGCAUGAUCACAGACACACACAGUUUGUAUGUAGCUGCCAGCAGUCGAAUAAACAGUGACUGGUUCAGUA